AUGCACUUCCUCAUCCCCGUCAUCGUUUUCGUCACCGCCAACAUCUGGGGGCUGUACAGCAGCAUCCCAUUCACCAACAUCGACCCUGCCCGUUCCAUCUGGAACCGUGCCAUCGGGGGAGUUCAACUGGCCAGCACCGUCUACACCCUGGACCAGCUCCCUCGCCUCCUCGACGAACAAGCCAUCACACACCAGCUCAUCCAAGGCUAUCUAGGUGGCUGGAAUGCCACCCUGGUGUCCGAAACGGAGUCAGCAAUGACGCUCAGUGCUGGUCACCGACCAUUGACUGCUCCGUUGACCGUUACUGACGGCUUGUUCCCUCCGCUCCCCUCGUCAACAGAGACGCCCUUCGACUUGCGCGAGACAGAGACAGAGACGUCCGCGCCCCAACCCACCCCCGUCGACGCAUUCGCCCAGGUCCUGGUGACCGUGAUCUUCGCCCUGGCCAUCUGGAUUGUGCUCAAGCAAAAUGACCACACCAGACAGCUGACAAGCGCCCUCGAAGAGAUCGGUAAGGUACAGAAGUACCAAGAAGCCGCCUGGAACGGGCUCGUUGAAAACCACGACACCCUCACAUACUUGGUGUCGGUUGCCAACGACCUGCGAACUGCCCCGGUUUAUAACCGGCCGGUUGAGGAAGUGGUGGAUGCUGAAGGCAGCGCCACUUCCUCCGACGCAAGCUCUGCCGUCGUCAUCCAGAGCUUGCAGGAUGUGCUGGCCAGCCUCGAUACGCUGCGCCAAACCAUCUACCGGAGUACGGGCGUGUGGGAAGGGCUCUCUGAGCGGUUGGAGGUCUUCCAAUCGGGUUCGCAAGACACCCAGCCAACUGAGACCAGCGGCGACGACCCGAUUGGAGCCUCGUCGGGAGGGUUGGCCCAAGAUGGGUGA